CUAAGCCGUCUUCUUCUACCUUCACUUCCGCUUGAUCAUACAUACCUCCCACCCGUCUUCCAAUUUCGGUACUGCCGAUAUAAUAUUUUUACUACUUAUAUACUCCAUUUAUUAUUUAUAAAUUCACAUUUCAUAAAAAAAAAUUCACACAUUCCUUUCGUGAAGAGAAAGCUCUCGUUUUUUUCCUCCAUUGUUACAGUUUCCGUUUCUCCAUCACUGCUCUCUUCGGAGUUGAGAGCUUGCAGGGCGAUGGACGGAGCCGGACAGUAUAAUCCUCGAACUGUAGAGGAGGUUUUCAAGGAUUACAAGGGCCGCCGCGCCGGAAUGAUCAAAGCCCUCACUACUGAUGUGGAGGAAUUUUAUCAUCAGUGUGACCCGGAGAAGGAAAACCUUUGCCUUUAUGGUUUUCCAAGUGAACAGUGGGAAGUGAAUUUGCCUGCAGAGGAGGUGCCUCCGGAACUUCCAGAGCCGGCAUUAGGCAUUAACUUUGCCAGAGAUGGUAUGCAGGAAAAAGACUGGGUUUCUCUUGUUGCUGUUCACAGUGAUGCUUGGCUACUUUCUGUUGCUUUCUACUUUGGAGCAAGAUUUGGUUUUGACAAAACUGACAGGAAAAGGCUGUUCAGUAUGAUAAAUGAACUCCCCACGCUGUUUGAAGUUGUAACUGGAGCUGCCAAAAAGCAAGGCAAGUACUCAAAGGUCCAAGCAAAGGAGGAGGAAGAUGGAUUUGAAGAGGAAGAAGAUGACGAGGAAGAGGAUGAGCAUGGCGACACCUUGUGUGGGGCCUGCGGGGAGAACUCUGGGGCAGACGACUUUUGGAUUUUCUGCGACAUAUGCGAGAAAUGGUUCCAUGGGAAGUGUGUGAAAAUCACGCCCGCCAGGGCUGAACACAUAAAACAGUACAAAUGCCCAUCGUGCAGUAACAAGAGGGCACGGCCUUGAUGAUGACACGUGAUGAUGUCAUCAUGAUGGAUGAUGAUGAUGUUCUUUGCUCCACCUCCACGCCCUGGGUUUUAACUUUGUUGCAUUUGUCUGGUGCUGCCGAGCCUCUGCUAGAAAUCUCCAUGGUCGACGCCGCCACAUCAGAUAAGGCAUCAUCUGUAUUGAUGUUCUGUCUGGUCUUUGUUUUUUGUUUUCUGUUUUUCAGGAUAAUUUAUUUACUACGUAGUAGUUGUUGUUGUUUCAAAAGUUGGACAUAGUUUGUUUUAGUCUUGUAAGGACCGUUUGUCACGGCGAUUGAUUAAUGUUAUCUCACAAUGCAAUCACUAAUCACUAUGGUUUCCUUUCUUCCCCCCGCAUUGUUUUUUUUCAUUUGGCUAUUUAUAAGUUACUCCAUAUAUUUUCAAGCUUAUUAAUACAAAACAUUUAAGGUCAUUUAAAUAAAGUAAAUACAGAGUCAUUAA